GCCCUCACCAGCUUGCUUCCCGCCAACUGCGACGUCACGAUCACAUGACUCGUCUCUAAUGGCGGACAACGGCAUGAACAUUUCUUUUUUUUCAAGGGCUUUACCGGUCACAACCAACAUGCCUCAAUAUACACCAUGGACCAUGCCCUCUAUGCUUUCCAUGUUAAGGCGUAAUCCGCUUCCUGUGCUUGCAGUUGUAUUGAUUCCUGGAGCAUAUUUCUUUGGAAUCUCGGCAAGAGAAAAGAGUGACCAACAAGCUGCCAUACAGCACAUUCAAGAAGAAACACCAGAGCAAAAACGGGAUCGCUUGGAGCGCCAUAAGGCAGCUUUAUUGGAAGAACGCAAAGUCGUGAUGCUAAAAAUGCAACGAUUGGAGGAACUGGAGAAACAACAGCACCGAUAGCACUAGUGGUCAAGGCAGGCUCUUGAAAUAAAACGUCAAGCAUUACUUGUAUUCUAGACAAUCAUUUUUUUUCGUUUAAUUCUAUACACUUGGAUAUUCUUUCAUGUAAUUGAUCUCUAAAAAAUCAACACUUGUAUCAUAUUUUUGCUUGAUGAAUGUUAAGCUUUUUGUCCUCUCCUCCGCUUAAGAUUUUAUCUCCAUCCCAGUGGACACUGUAGAUCUUGUCCUUCUUGUCCUCUUCCUGGAUUGUGAAAAGUGAU